AUGUCGUUGACCCCCACAGAGGCUUUGGAACACAGCCAGCGGGUGUGGGGUGCAAUCGGCCCAGACUGUUUACCAUGGAUCAAAUCGAUCAAUGGAAUAGCAACUUUCGUCCUUCGAUCCGUGUUAUCCUUCCGCCAACUGCCCAAUCGCGUCAGGGAGGCUAUACAGGAUGUCCGGAACUGGACAGCGAGUAGGCAGCCUAGCGAAAAACCAGGCAGUCCUCCACAGCCUACAGAAACCGAGAAGAAUCAACACGAGACCUCGUCCAGUGCGCCCGCUUCUCCGGCAUAUGACGCCGACUCUGAUGAUGCCGGCUCAGCCCCUAUGCCAGGCUUUGAAGACCGCGACAGGAUCGAUACACAAUCAACCCAUCAGAACGUCGAAGGAGAAGUCGAUGCACUCAUUGGGUCCGAGGACCUCAAACGCAUGGGAAAGGAAAUGGAGGAAGAAGAAGCGGCAGCGAAGCGCAGACCUGAAGUUCUCAAGUCGUUUAGAAAGAGAGCACGAGUCCCUCCAUUCGUCGAACGACUCCUUCAGUGCAUCGAACGAAUCGAGGAGAUGGAAACGGAGCGCCAAACCCUCAAACACGAGGCUGACAUAGUGAUGGGCUGUAGAGCAACCCACGCCCCGCAGGACGCUGUGAUGAUCGAGCGAGGCUGCGCUGGUCAAGAACUCAAGCUUGAUGCAGAUUUCGAUGGGGAGUUGGAUGAGACACCACAUGCCAACUGCGGUGGGUUGGAGAUUGUGAAUGGAAGGAAUUCGAAGGGGUAG